CCGGAUCCGAUUCCGAGGCCGACCCGCACACACGUUUUUUUAUCCACCGCCGACGGAGAGCCGCUGCAGUUUCGCACGUGUACGUCUACGUUUUCCGACAUCGUCGUCACAUCGUCAGAUCAUCAAAAUGGUUCGAAAUACCGAAAUUGUAGAAGUCAGCAAUAACACUGUGACGCUGGACAAUUUGUCCGACUACAUGGUCAUUGGCUGGGAUAUAGACACAACUGGACGCCGUUUGCUGGAUGAAAUAUGCCAUAUUGCUGGUCACACACCAAAUUCACAGUUUAAUCAAUAUAUAAUGCCACACAAUGACAUUGAUCAAGUAGCCAGGAGACGCCAUCUUUUGUGCACUAUAACAAUGGGACGUUUCCGUGCAUUAAAAGAUAUUAAAAAUAAUAGAACAUUAAAAUCAAAAAGUGAAAUAUCUGCUUUAGCUGAAUUUAUAGAAUGGUUAGAACAAAUGUUGAAAGACAAUGGUAAGAAAAUGGCCAUUUUAGUGUGCCAUGAAGUUAGCAAAUUCAACACUUGUCUUCUAAUUAAGUCUCUUCUUGCCUAUAAUUUAUUAGAUAAAUUCUCUGAAGUAGUCAAAGGAUUUGCCAACUGCCAUUCAUUUGCUCAAACUCAUUGUCAAGAUACUAUGGUUAUGUUUUCACUUAGAGUUCUGUCAAAGGUUCUCUUAGAUAAAGAUCACAUUGAUACUUCCAAGGCAACUGAUCGUGCUAAAUUAGCUUAUGAUAUUGUCCAACAUUUAUGUGUAACUUUGGAAAGUGGUAAUGAUGAUGGGAAAGAAGUAGUAACUGGAAGUGAAGUUUCUGAAGAAACCAAGGCCAAGGCAUUAUCUACAUUCCUUACAAGCAUAGAUGACGAAGUAGAGACAUUGCAUAGCACUCAAGAGUUAUUGGCAAGACAAAAAUCACUAAAUACAGUUUACCAUAAGUCCUUGUCAUACCAAACAACAGCAUUAGAUCGCAAGAAAGCUAUUAGUUAUCGUAAUUCAAUCGCCAAAGCGAACAUUGAUUAUACGACACUUCAAUCUUUAUGGACCGAAAAUAAAGAUGGUUUCAAAGAAGCUGUUAAAAACAAAUUGCCGGAACUGUCUGAUGAUGAUAAAGAAAACAUUGUUAGUACUAUAAUUAUGCAUUUUGAAAAUCCUGAACCGGUUUCUCCACCGCCCAAAGGAGGCCGAAAGUAUGGCGGUAGAUUCAGGAGACGUAGCAGCAGUAACAAGGACAACCGAAAGAGCUUAUCCGAAAACGAUGCUGGCUCUCUUUCGCCAAAUUCAACUGACCACGCAAAUGGUCACAACACAGAAGCAGAAAAGCCCCAGAACGAAAUUAUCAAAAGUCAAGAAAAUGGUGAGAACAACUGAUUAAAAACCAAAGUUUGAUUACCAUUUUAAGUAUUAAGUAUUAAGUAUUAUUAAAAAAAAAAAAUUUAAAAAAAAAACGUUAAGUUUUUUUGUUGUUCUUCAUAGACUACUUAUAAGUUUUAUAAUAAUAAUUUUUAAAAUCUCUAAGAAAAAUUGACUGUAUGAAACAAAAACAAAGUGUUAACCACUUUUCGCGUUCAGUUAACUAUUUUCCUUAUGGAUGAUAUAUUAUAAUUUUAUUUAAAAAAAAUCAAGUCGAUUUUAAUAUUUAUUUUUCUUCAUGUUCUAUUUCUAUUUUAAUUUGUAAGAACGCGAAUAAGUUAAGGUCUUCAUAACAUAACAUGUGUAAUAAUUUUUACAAGAUAAAACUAUAUAUCUAUAAAACAAUAAACAAAGAAUAUAACAACAAAA